GGCGGAGGCGGCGGCGCGGGGCGCUCGGGCUGAUGGCGGCAGCGGCCGGCCCCGGGACGGCGCUGUCUCCGGGGCCGUGCGACAGUGACCCGGCCACCCCCGGAGCGCCGUCCCCGAAGGAUGAUACUGAAGAUAAUUCAAAUGAUGGGACCCAACCACCCAAAAGGAGGCGAACGGGCUCAGGAGAUAGCUGUAGGAGCUGUGAGACUUCAAGUCAAGACCUUGGCUUUAGCUACUACCCAGCAGAAAAUCUGAUAGAGUACAAGUGGCCGCCCGACGAAACAGGAGAAUACUAUAUGCUUCAGGAGCAAGUCAGUGAAUAUUUGGGUGUGACCUCCUUUAAACGGAAAUAUCCAGAUUUAGAGCGACGAGAUUUGUCCCAUAAGGAGAAACUCUACCUGCGGGAGUUGAAUGUCAUCACGGAGACACAGUGUACUCUAGGUUUAACGGCAUUGCGCAGUGAUGAAGUGAUUGAUUUGAUGAUAAAAGAAUAUCCAGCCAAACAUGCUGAGUACUCUGUUAUUUUGCAAGAAAAAGAGCGUCAGCGAAUUACAGACCAUUAUAAAGAGUAUUCUCAAAUGCAACAACAGAAUACGCAGAAAGUUGAAGCCAGCAAAGUGCCUGAGUACAUUAAGAAAGCUGCCAAAAAAGCAGCCGAAUUUAACAGCAACUUAAACCGGGAGCGUAUGGAAGAACGAAGAGCUUACUUCGACUUGCAGACGCACGUCAUCCAGGUGCCUCAAGGGAAGUACAGAGUGUUGCCGACAGAGCGAACCAAGGUCAGCUCCUACCCGGUGGCCCUCAUCCCCGGACAGUUUCAGGAAUACUACAAAAGGUACUCCCCGGAUGAGCUGCGGUAUCUGCCACUCAACACCGCGCUCUACGAGCCCCCCCUGGACCCCGAGCUGCCGGCCCUCGACAGCGAUGGCGACUCGGACGAUGCUGAGGACGGUCGAGGCGACGAGAAACGGAAACACAAAGGGACUUCGGACAGCUCCUCCGGCAACGUGUCCGAGGGGGAAGGCCUUCCCGACGGCCAGGAGGAGCCUUUCCAGGGAAGACAGAGAUCCAAGGACAAAGCUGCUACUCCAAGAAAAGACGCUUCCAAACGUUCUGUUCUGUCCAAGUCAGUCCCUGGGUACAAGCCAAAGGUCAUUCCAAAUGCUCUAUGUGGAAUUUGUCUGAAGGGUAAGGAGUCCAACAAGAAAGGGAAGGCUGAAUCACUCAUACACUGCUCCCAGUGUGACAAUAGUGGCCAUCCUUCUUGCCUGGAUAUGACCAUGGAGCUUGUUUCUAUGAUUAAGACCUACCCAUGGCAAUGUAUGGAAUGUAAAACUUGCAUUAUAUGUGGACAACCCCACCAUGAAGAAGAAAUGAUGUUCUGUGAUGUGUGUGACAGAGGUUAUCAUACUUUUUGUGUGGGCCUUGGUGCUAUUCCAUCAGGUCGCUGGAUUUGUGACUGUUGUCAGCGAGCCCCCCCAACACCCAGGAAAGUGGGCAGAAGGGGGAAAAACAGCAAAGAGGGAUAAAAUAGUUUUUUGACCCCAAUAUUGUAAUAUGGAUUUAAAUGAAAUAUUUGGUGCCAACUUAUUUACAUUCUCAAUUUUAUGCCAAUAAAAGAUUUCUGAAAUUAA